UGUAAAUUAAAGGAUGCUUAGGUGUGGAUGAAAUUUUAAAAUAAUAUUGCAAUGACAAUUUCUGGCGACGCAGAGAGAGUGGAAAUUGAUAGCACGUCACAUAUAAGCUUUGCACUGGGGAUGUGCGAAAAGCUCCACAGCAAAUCAUUGAAGAAAGGGCUUCCUAUAUUCAGCAGUACUUCGAGAAGGAAGAUGUUCUACUGAAUCCUGCUGAAAUAAAAAAAAAUCCAGGGAGACGGCAAGUUGCCAAACUUGCACUGAAUAGCUUUUGGGGGAGGUAAAGUAUUCUAUUUUUUAAUAAACUGUAAUUAAUAAACUAUUUGUGUUUGUGUAGUUAGCUAAUCAUUUUUUUUCUUCUAGGUGAGGAAUGAACAUCAACAAGUGUCACCUAUCUUAUGUCGAUAGCUUACCUGCAUUUAAUAAGAUGUUAGCUGAUCCUACAAAAAAUGUAAAGGACGUCUACUUGCCAACACCAGAAGUGGCGGCUAUUGUGUGGGACAGCAAAAAAGAAUUCAUUCCCCAGGACACUGGCACCAAUAUUUUCUUGGCGGCUUUCACUACAGCUUGGGCUCGGCUGAAGCUGUAUUCAGAGAUGGAUAAGCUUGGAGAAGCUGUUCUGUAUCAUGAUACAGACAGUAUUAUCUACGCUAGUAGUGGUGACAAUGACCCUCCACUCGGAAAUUUUCUGGGAGAUUUCACAGACGAGUUGGACGGUGAUGUAAUCACUACAUUCAUCUCUGGAGGGCCCAAAAAUUAUGCAUAUGAAACUGCGAGUGGCAAGACAUGCUGCAAAGUUCGGGGUUUUACCUUGAACUUUAAAAAUAGCUUAGCAUUAAAUUUUCACUCGAUCAAGCAUAUUGUAUGCAGCUUGGACCGAAAGGACAGCAUACUGUUCGAUGAUGCCGCCAAGAUAACGAGAGACGCGAAAAGAAGGAAAGUCUUCAACGCGAAGCAAAAUAAACUGUAUAGGAUGGUUUACAACAAGAGGGUUGUAAAAGAAGAUCUUUCUACCAUACCCUAUGGAUUUUAA